CCCUCUCCCCAGCCCCAGCCCCGGCCCCGGCCCCCGCCCACCCCCGGGGUGGAGGCAGCCGCGCCGAGCCGCCCGCGGGAAGAAGGCAGCGCUCCGCCGGGCUCCGCGCCGCUCCGCGCCCCUCCGCGGGGCCAUGCAGCGCCCCUGCCCCUCCGCUACGAGCGGCGCCCCUCGCCCCGGCGCCCCCCGCGCAGCCUGAGCCCCUGCGGGGGCUCCGCACCGCUCCGCGCCCCUCCGCGCCCGGCCGUGGGACGGGGCCGGCGGAGGCAGAGGCGGCACAGAAAAGCUCCGCGGCGCUGCGCGACUCGCCCCCCCCGCCCCGGCCAUGGGGAAGGGGCUGGAGGGGACGGCGGCCCGCUGCGGGCUGGGACUGGGAUACCUGCUGCAGACCGUGGUCCUGCCCGCCCUGGCCGUCCUGGGGGCCAGCCGCCCCGGCUCCGCGGCGCAAGAUGAUGAUUUUUUUCAUGAACUGCCAGAAACUUUUCCAUCUGAUCCUCCAGAGCCAUUGCCCCACUUCCUCAUCGAACCUGAAGAGGCUUACAUAGUGAAGAACAAGCCCGUGAACCUGUACUGCAAAGCAAGCCCAGCCACACAGAUCUAUUUUAAGUGCAACAGCGAAUGGGUUCAUCAGAAGGACCAUGUGGUGGACGAGAGAGUAGAUGAAACCUCUGGUCUGAUUGUCCGAGAGGUAAGCAUUGAGAUUUCCCGCCAGCAAGUCGAGGAGCUCUUCGGGCCCGAAGAUUACUGGUGCCAGUGCGUGGCCUGGAGCUCUGCAGGCACCACCAAGAGCCGGAAAGCCUAUGUCCGCAUCGCAUAUCUCCGGAAAACUUUUGAGCAGGAGCCCUUGGGGAAAGAAGUGUCCCUGGAGCAAGAGGUCCUGCUGCAGUGCCGCCCCCCCGAAGGCAUCCCAGUAGCCGAGGUGGAGUGGCUUAAGAAUGAAGAGGUAAUUGAUCCUGUGGAAGACCGAAAUUUUUACAUCACCAUUGAUCACAACCUGAUCAUCAAGCAAGCCCGGCUUUCUGACACAGCCAAUUACACUUGUGUCGCUAAAAACAUUGUGGCCAAAAGGAAAAGCACCACGGCAACUGUGAUCGUCUAUGUGAACGGAGGCUGGUCUACCUGGACUGAGUGGUCAGUGUGUAACAGCCGAUGUGGGAGAGGCUUUCAGAAGCGUACAAGGACCUGCACCAACCCUGCCCCACUCAAUGGUGGUGCCUUCUGCGAGGGCCAGAGUGUUCAGAAAAUAGCUUGCACCACUCUGUGUCCAGUGGAUGGCAAGUGGACAUCCUGGAGCAAGUGGUCCACCUGUGGCACAGAGUGCACCCACUGGCGAAGGAGGGAGUGCACAGCCCCGGCGCCGAAGAACGGGGGGAAGGACUGCGAGGGGCUUGUGCUGCAGUCCAAGAACUGUACUGAUGGGCUCUGCAUGCAGGGUUUCAUUUAUCCUAUUUCAACUGAACAGAGAACCCAGAAUGAAUAUGGAUUUUCUUCUGCUCCUGACUCAGAUGACGUUGCUCUCUACGUCGGGAUCGUCAUAGCUGUGAUCGUAUGCCUGGCUAUUUCCGUGGUCGUAGCCCUGUUUGUCUAUCGCAAGAACCACCGUGACUUUGAGUCAGAUAUUAUCGACUCCUCGGCACUAAAUGGGGGAUUUCAGCCUGUUAACAUCAAGGCUGCAAGACAAGACCUCCUGGUGGUACCACCAGACCUCACUUCUGCUGCAGCCAUGUACAGGGGUCCUGUUUAUGCCUUGCAUGAUGUCUCUGAUAAAAUCCCAAUGACCAAUUCUCCAAUCCUGGACCCCCUGCCCAACCUGAAGAUCAAGGUUUAUAACACCUCCGGUGCAGUCACCCCCCAGGAUGACCUCUCAGACUUCUCCUCCAAGCUGUCCCCACAGAUUACACAGUCUCUGCUGGAGAACGAGACCCUGAACAUGAAGAACCAGAGCCUUGCUCGGCAAACUGACCCAUCGUGCACUGCAUUUGGGACCUUCAACUCCUUAGGAGGUCACCUAGUAAUUCCCAAUUCAGGAGUAAGCCUGCUGAUCCCAGCGGGGGCCGUUCCACAAGGGAGAGUCUAUGAAAUGUAUGUGACAGUUCACAGGAAGGAGAACAUGAGGCCCCCUGUGGAAGACAGCCAAACCCUGCUGACACCGGUGGUGAGCUGUGGCCCACCAGGAGCCCUGCUAACCCGGCCCGUCAUUUUAACCAUGCACCACUGCGCAGAACCGAACACAGAGGACUGGCAGAUCCAGCUGAAGCACCAGGCUGCCCAGGGGCCUUGGGAGGAUGUGGUGGUGGUCGGGGAGGAAAACUUCACCACUCCAUGCUAUAUCCAGCUGGACCCAGAGGCCUGCCAUAUCCUGACAGAAACCCUCAGCACGUAUGCCUUGGUGGGACAGUCAACCACCAAAGCAGCAGCCAAACGUCUCAAAUUGGCCAUCUUUGGACCGCUGUCCUGCUCUUCGCUGGAGUACAGCAUCCGGGUCUACUGCCUUGAUGACACACAGGAUGCCCUUAAGGAGGUCCUCCAACUUGAGCGGCAGAUGGGUGGGCAGCUUUUGGAGGAACCCAAAGCUUUGUAUUUUAAGGGAAGUACUCACAAUCUCCGCCUAUCCAUUCAUGACAUUGCCCACUCUCUCUGGAAGAGUAAACUUCUGGCUAAAUACCAGGAGAUUCCCUUUUACCACAUCUGGAGUGGAUGCCAGAGGAACCUGCACUGCACCUUCACACUGGAAAGGUUCAGCCUGAACACCCUGGAGCUAGUGUGCAAACUCUGUGUGCGUCAGGUUGAAGGAGAAGGGCAGAUUUUCCAGCUCAACUGCUCCAUCUCAGAGGAACCUACUGGCAUUGAUUAUCUUCCCAUGGACUCAUCAGGCACCAUCACCACCAUAGUAGGGCCGAGUGCUUUCAGCAUCCCCCUCCCGAUAAGACAGAAGCUGUGCAGCAGCCUGGAUGCACCCCAGACCAGAGGCCAUGACUGGCGGAUGCUGGCUCACAAGCUGAAACUGGACAGGUACCUAAACUAUUUUGCUACAAAAUCAAGUCCCACUGGGGUGAUCCUGGAUCUCUGGGAAGCCCAGAAUUUCCCUGAUGGCAACCUGAGCAUGCUGGCAGCAGUUCUUGAAGAAAUGGGAAGACACGAAACCAUUGUUUCUUUGGCAGCAGAAGGAAAUUACUGAUGCAGCCUUGGCAUGAACAGGAAGGACAGACGCAGGGAGCGGUAAUGCCCUGUUAUUACAAACGAGAAUUGAAAUGAAAACCCAGACCAAUGAGUUACACAAGAGACAUUUCAGAAAAGAAAGCAAGCAAGCAAACAAACAAAAAAAAACCCAGCCCUGACCUUCACACGUGCUCUCCUUGUACAUUGUCACAGGAUCUAAACGAAAUCAUGCAAAGUUGUACCUUGAAAAUAUAAAUCAACCUAAUGUUCCUCUCGGCUUGGCUGUACACUGCUUGGUACAGGAUUUUACAGUUUCCUAGGAAACGCUUUUUAUUGCUAUCCAGAUAUAUGGAUAAACUUUCUUAACAAUCCCAGUUUCUAUGGAUGUUGUUUACAUCAAAUUCUGGACAGGGGUAAGGAGACUGUCCAUGGCUUUUUAUAUUUUUUGUUUAAAGCCAUUCAAGACAAGGCUAUGGACAGUUGGUUGUGGCUAUUUCAGCUUAUUGGUUUCUGGUGAAUUCAGAUUUUGGCUACAAUUCUGCACAUCAAUUGUCUCACAAUGAUCCUCCUGUCAUUGUUCUGUUUCCUAGACCUACUUGUAAAAAAACCCAAAACAACAAGAAAAUCAGAGUUUAAGAGCUGUGCAUCUGGAAAGCAGGUACUGUGGGUGCUAAGCAGGAACACAUGUAACAUCCCCUUCCAUCCUUGAGGCAGUCCCACUGAACCUGUGUGAAGAACAGCUGUAGGACAGUGGGGAAUGUAGGAUCGGAAUUAAUUUUCAAUUCACAAUGUAACACACACUUUCCACCCCUUUGCGAUAUGAGGGGGCUUGGACAUGCAAUUCAGAGUGAUCAGGGGGGAAAAGAAACCCAGAAAAAAAAAAAAGGAGAAAUAAUUAUUUACCAAUUAGUAUCUAGUGCAAGGAUUAUAAUGAUGAUGAUUAUUAUUAUUACCAUUACUUUAUUUCUAAUUUUGUCAGCAGCAGAAUGAAUCAUUCCUGUUUUUAUGGAAACUGUUGUCCCCUUCCUGAAGGUCUUCUCAGAGUGUCCUUCUUAUGCUGUCUGUCCUUCCCUUCUCCAGCCAUCAUACUGCUCCUCCGAAGUCCUCUGCUAGCCCACACGGGUUGCUCACCUCAUGCUAGCAUUGCUGUGCUUCAUGCCCAAUGAAAAGGUGGUAUUGACUGGUGACACUCUCCUGAAGUAACAGAUCUGCACUCGCAAGGGAUCCAACCAGCACCCCUCCCUGGAAUGUUUUGCAUCACCUUGGUGCCUCCAGGUUGCUGCAGGAAGCAAUCCUGUCCUGAGGUGGCUGUGAACCAGUGACAGCCUCCCAGUCCAAAUAUACGUAGACCACUGGUUCAGGAGCAUGGGUGCAAGCAUGUGGAGGCACUGACACUGACCACCUGAUUUGUGCAUCCAAGGUGGGCCUCCAUAUAUCUUGCUUUGCUUUGAAGCAGUCUGAGAGCCAGCAGCUCCCGUUAGCUUCCCACAGAGCUGCAGGUGCUCAUUCUUACUGAAUGAAACCCACCACCCGCCAUAAUGUUUGUGGUGGUCAGUGCUACUGGGAGUCAUUUCUGGGUGAGAGGCACUCGGUGGAUCUCCACAGAUAUUCCCAAGCUGCUGCAGCCAGGGAAGCUUCUGCCACAUGGGCCAGUGUAGGGCAAUGGAGCGGUGAAGUUGAAAUCUUGUGUACUGCAGUUUGCUGCCUUCGCUGCACUCCCUUUGCCACCGGGGCAGGGUGGUGCGGGUCCUCACUGGCUGGCCAGGGGCACGUUUGUCCCUCUCAGCCACAUCCCUCUUGGCUGCCACAAACAGGUGAAGUGGGAACUUGGCAAAAGCAGCAAACAUUUGCUCAUUGGUCAAUGCAAACAAACUGUGUUUUCUGUUCAGUGAAAGAGUGACUCUUUGGUACAUGACAGCACAUAGGAUCUCAGCAGUUUGACUGCCAGGCUUGUCUGUCCUCUAUUUCUGGUGCAAAGAAGGCUUUCUUCCCCAGCCUGUCCACUCCAGGUUUCCGGCCAGGCCCUGGUUAUUGCUGUUGUGCACACAUGCAUGCCCCCACCCACACACAUAUUCCCACUCCAUGUGCUUCUCAAGACUGGAGUUGGCUUGUUUUCUUUUGUGUUUUUGGUUUUGUUUUUCCCCCAAGGCUUUCCAGAUUGUGCCUUUAAAGGUAACUUUGAAAAUGUCAUUGGUCAAAAUGAAAGGAAAAUUUCAUCUGACCUUUUUCCCAUUUGACAUUUCCAUAGGCUUGGGACUUUUUCUUUUUAAUUUCUCAGCUCCCUGACACCAGCAGGGUUUUGACUGACUGCCAGGCAGUGAUCAUAAAGCCUCGCUUCCUCAUAACAGGUAACUCAGCAGUUUGCAAACCAGCAUUUCAGUCAAAACCAGAGACCGGAGGACAUAUAUUUUAACUUUCAACAUCUGUCUACAUUUUGACUGCGUAAGCCCCACCGUCUCUUUAUGUGGAGAUGCCAUGGGCAUCCUUUUAACAAAUAAUCAUCUUCUUUUCACAUUGGGCAUCUGAUGCAACACAUUGCAAUGCUAAUGGAAAUCUUGCUUUUAACUUCAGGAGGCUUUGACUGGGGCUUCCAGCUCUGCCCUUACCCUACAUUUUUUACUCAUCUCGGAGCAUUAAAAUGGCUCUUAAAAGGUAGGUCUCAGCUUUUCUCCUUUCUGUGCCAUCUUUAGGCAUAAUCAGUUGUAUUUAGUUCAUGCUCCUUCAACCCUCCUGUGCAUCCUUCCUGCGUGACUCCUUUUCCAAGGUGGGUGGGUACAUGAGCUGAACUGUCCCUUGGCCCCUUCCCUUUUCCAGCUCAGUUUUUGUUAGCUGAUGCCCAGGCUCACUGGUGCGCCCGUCUCUCAGCUGUUGCUAGGUGGGCAGCCUGUGCACCCUUCUCACCAGCGCCUUACCAGAAAGUGUCUCAUAGUUAGUUAUCUGUAUCGCUAUGAGUCAGUGCUCCUUUUGUCAGCUCUCUGACCUCCCCCCCACCCAAUGCCUCCUUCAGAAAAAAAAAAAAAAAGAACAACUUUCUUAAAGUAUUCUGGGGCAUUUUCCUUUUACAGUGUUACUGUAAAGGGGAUUUAUUGAGAGAAAAAGACAUGCACUGAUUAAGAGGAGCAUCCACAGAGGUGGAUAGAAGUCAGGAACAUCACUGCCAGCUAAGGCAGCGGUAUCACCAUUGCUGGGAGGUGGAGCUGCUGGUUUUUCCAUCCUGACUACUCAGAAAGCUUCCCUUGCCCGCUGCAAUCAUGGGCAGGAUGGUUUCUCCAGCCCCUGCUCCAUCAGCCUUUGCAGGGUCCCAGCACAGCACCAUGCCAUGUGCCUCAGCCCUGACAGGUCAGGGAGAAGCAGGGGUUGCCAGAGACAGGGAAGUUUCCUCCACAAAGCCACACCUCAUCCCAGCAGCUCUACGCUCAUGCUUUGUCACUGCUGCUAACAGCAGCUCCCACCUCAGCUGACACUUCCCCUGCCUUAAUUUUGCUGUUUCUUUCUUUUUCUCUGCGGGGGUACAGCAGUGGCAGGGUGUGCGGUUGGGGAGAGGGCUCUGGCACGGGCCGGUGGUAUGCAUCCUUCAGCAUCCCCAUCCUGCUGUCCCAAGGAGGGAGGAUGGGAAACAAGGGUGGCCAGAUCCACUUGGGGUAUUAGUUUUGGUGGGAGAAAAACCAGCAUCGGGCCUUCCAUCAGGAUUGUGUGGACACAGUGCCAUCUCGUGGGGCUGAGCCUGGCUCCAACAUGCUGCCACGGUGAGCAACAUGGCUCGGGAAGAGGCUUUCCUGUGGGGCAGCUCUUGAACGUGGCAAAUAAGUUUGACAGACAGAACCGCCUCGAAAGUUAUUGUAACAUUUUAUGGCAGGUAAGCACAUCUGCUUUUGAAAAACAAAAGGCUGCAGGUUUCUUAUCCUCCAGUUAUUACUACUUUUUUUUUUAAAUGCUUUUCCUUUUAGUUGUCCACCUUCAGCUAUGUACUGUAGCGGUUUUACUGCUCUUCACACCGUCUCUUCAUUACAUAUUGUUUGCUGGCGCUAUAAAUAUUAUCUAUAUUAUAUAAAUAUAUAUAUCUACUGACUUCAAGGAAAACCUUUAAUUUCUGAGUAAGAAACACUAUCAGAGGCAGUCCUUUUCAUCCAAUUUUUUUCUUCAGUUCUUCUUGUGUUGUGUUCUUGUAAAGGUGGCUGUCAGUGUAUAGGGUACUUUGGGGGUUUGGUUGGUUUUUUUCCCAAAUUUUCUGAUCACAGAUGAUCCACUGUAUCUUUCUAAACAGUGCAAGACCUAAGUGCUGUUCUACUGAAUCUUGAAAGUUUUGAGGCAGUGAGGGUCUCUUCAGCCAAGAUUUGCUUCCAUAGGAGACUGAGACUCUUUUUUUCCAUGUCACUGGCAGAAAUGCAGACACUCAUGAGACAUGUUGGGAGUCUCGGAUGCCCACAGAGCAAAACAUGUCUCUUCCUUGGGUUUCUUGCAAUUUCUGUUGCUUACAUAUAGAAUAAAUGUAUUUACAUGCUGUAAGCCCGUCAUUGUGGACAGUGUCCUAAUGUCUUGUAUCGCUACCUACAGUAGUUUCUUUUUGGUUCCUUUUCUUCUUGU